CGCGCUCCCGAAAAAAUAUUGACCUCGCUCAUGACGUUAGCACGCUGUUGACGCAAGCUCCGCCCCUUUCACCCUGGACGUGUUUGCACAGCUCAAGUUCCUCCAGCUUUCACAAAUUAAACCGAGUCCGAUCACUCCUGGACCGACGGAGGGUAUCGCCAUGGCCUCUCAGGGGUCUGAAGCACCGGACGAGCAGCUCGAGGAGCCGGAAGAUAUGAGAGUUUCUCCGGCGGAGGAGAUGCCCGUCGAUGGGCCUCCGGCGGUAGAGGAGCCGCUACUGCUGCCAUGGGACCGCUUCUCCUCCUGGCUCCACUGCAUCUGUGUGGUCGGCUUCGAUCUGGAGCUCGGGCAAGCUGUGGAGGUGAUUUACCCACACCACUCCAAACUCACUGAAAAAGAGAAAACAAGUAUAUGCUAUCUGUCAUUCCCAGACUCCAAUUCAGGUUGUCUCGGUGACACACAGUUCUGCUUCCGUUUCCGGCAGGCCGCAGGCAGGAAGUCGUCACUCGGAUGUUUCCUCGACCACUUCGACCGGGACGCGCCGGUCUGUCUCAAGAGAGAUCAGGGCUAUUACUACGGGUAUGUGUACUUCAGACAGGUGCGAGACAAGUCGCUCAAGAGAGGCUACUUUCAGAAGUCUCUGGUCCUCAUCAGCAAGCUGCCCUACGUGACCUUUUUCCACUCUUUGCUGAAGCUCAUCGCCCCAGAAUACUUUGAGAAACAGGAGCCGUGUUUAGAGGCCGCGUGUAAUGACAUUGACCGCUGGCCCACGCCGUGUCCGGGGAAGAUCCUCACGCUCCCCAUCAUGGGUGUGGUCAUGAAGCUGCGCAUCCCCACGUGUUACGACAAGCCUGGAACGUCUCAGCUCGUCCAGUCCGCGCCGAGCGACAGUCUGGUGUCCAUCAUUCUGCCCACCGUCCAUGAAGUGGAUCUCUUCAGGUGUUUCCAUCCAGUGUUUUUUCAUAUUCAGAUGUUAUGGGAGCUCGUGUUGCUCGGUGAAGCGUUGGUGGUAAUGGCUCCUUCACCGGCAGAAUCUUCAGACACUGUGUUGGCACUGGUCAGCUGUAUCUCUCCUCUGCGCUACUGCAGUGAUUUCCGGCCGUACUUCACCAUUCAUGACAGUGAGUUCAAGGAAUACACCACUCGAACGCAAGCUCCGCCUUCAGUCAUCCUGGGAGUUACAAACCCAUUUUUUGCCAAAACUCUCCAGCACUGGCCUCACAUCAUCCGCAUUGGAGACAUGAAGCAAGCAGGUGAGAUGGCCAAACAAAUGAAAGUGAAGAAACUAAAAAAUCUGAAGACUUUGGACUCGAAACCUGGUGUCUACACUGCAUAUAAACCCUUCCUGAACAAAGACGAGGACAUUAUCAAGCAGCUGCAGAAGGGAGUCCAGCAGAAGCGCCCUUCAGCGGCCCAGAAUGCAAUUCUGCGUCGAUAUUUCCUGGAACUCACGCAGAGUUUCAUCAUACCACUGGAGCGUUAUGUGGCCAGUCUGAUGCCUUUACAGAAGAGCAUCUCUCCCUGGAAAAGUCCUCCGCAGCUGCGGCCGUUCAACCAGGAGGAGUUUAUGAAAACACUGGAGAAGGCCGGACCUCAGCUCACCUCACGACUCAAAGGAGACUGGAUCGGCCUCUACAGGCAGUUCCUGAGGUCUCCGAACUUCGACGGCUGGUUCAGGAACCGCAGGAAGGAGAUGAUGCAGAAGCUGGAAGCUCUUCAUCUGGAGGCGCUGUGUGAGGAAGACCUGCAGCUGCGGAUACAGAAACACACGGAGGUGGAGACGGUCGACCUGGUGCUCAAACUCAAGGAGAAACUGACUCAGGCCGAGAAAGAUCAGCUUCCUGUCAAACCAGGAACUCUACCCAGACUGCAGGCCCAUAUCGAGAACAUCAUCCUGACUCUUCCAGAGGACCUGCAGGGCAUCUUACACAAACCACCGAGCCCCUGACCCUCAGCCAGCACUGACAGACCUGAGCAGAGCGCACACGAACCCGCCGGACUUCCACGCGUGUGUCGCAUUUGCUGCCCUUGAACGGACAAUGCUGGCAUUGCCAAAACCGCACAGGAAGUGACUGUGCCUGAGCGCGAGAGGAGUGAAUGAUGGCAGAAUGACACACGGGUGUCCCCGGACACAUUCUGAGUCUUUAUGCUGUACGUCUCACCGUGUGAGAUUAACAUUCCCUUUGCUUUUAAACAAGAAGAUGCUGUCAGGGAAGAGAGGUCUGGGUCUGAAUGGAGAUCUGUGGAUGAUUGUGCUGUGACACCAGAACGUCUGGAGGAGGAACAUCAAAUCUGCUUCAUGAGAGUCCAGGGAACCUCAUGAAACCUGUCAAGAACAUGCCCAGGUCAUAUUUCACCCCAAAAUGAGGAAAUUUUUUUUUUGUGCAAAGAAAAUGAAGCCUAUUUGAAGCCUGUUAUAUAUAUUAACACAGUGGUAUUGUUUUUGUUAUAAUCAGGUUUUUCACCUGAACUUCAGGGUGUGUGUGUAUAUAU